UUGGCUAUUCAUCAUAGUCGAAGUCCCUCCCCUCCCAGGCUUUAUGUUUUGUCUACCUCCUUAUAGGGUAAAAAAAAACUAUGUAAUUUGACCCUUAAUGUGCUCUUUUUUAAUUUCCUCUCCAUUCUGCUCUUUAUUUUUAUAAGUAGGUAGCACUUUUUACUUACUUUACCAACACAAGGUUGAUUGGAAGCUUUUAUGAGUCUUCAUGUGUUAUACGCGUUUGUACAGCAGGUGGCAGUGUGCACCUCAAAGUUUUGUGCGAGCCGCAAGUUAAUCAGGAGAAGAAGGAGAAACCGCAGCAUUUUGGGGAUAAAAUAAGAUAUGGCUGCACCUGAGUUGGCUUCGUCUUCUGCGGUUAAAGAAGUUAACGAUUUUUGCCGUCUCUGCAAGGAGAACCUCCGGAUUAAGGGGACUUUGAGCAACACCAAAAAAAUAUACGAACUGGUCGGACCCACUGACAAAAACGUCUUUGAGCGGCUUGCUCAGUGCGGACUAAUACUGCAGCCCAACGACAACAAGUCACAUCGGAUUUGCCUGAAGUGUUUCCGAAUCAUUCAGAAAAUAGAGGACUCAUUAGCGACACUCAGAAAAUGGAAAAUGACAGAAGAAACGGAACAAGCUGCAAACACCGCAACAACAGAAACAGUAACAGUAAAACGGGAAAGAGACUGUACUCCACCAGAAAACCCAGUAACGUUAAAGAAAAUGAGACAGCAUUCACCAGAACCGAACCAGUUGACAGCAGGAGCUUCAGGAGGGACAGAGGAGGACACAACGUCCAACAUGCCCCUGCGGCAGAGUCUGACAGAGGUGAUUAUUCACUACCCUUCCAAAAAAACCAAAAUGAUAUGUCCUCCAUCUGUAGCCGGGAUUGUGGAGAAUGUCUGUAAAGGAAGCUGGUCAACCGCCGCAAACCUCAUCAUGAAACACGACAUACUGCCCGGAGUGAUAAAAGAACGAGCGCUCAGUCUCAUCGACAAUGAAUGCAAGAGACUUUGCCAGUCUCGGGACGAUUUCAUGCUCUUCCGCUGUUCACCUGACGACUUGAAGGCCUUCUCAUUUGCCAAAAUGGAGUCAGAUCUCCAGCGCCUGGCUCCGUUUAUGUUCUCGGUGUUGUCCACCAUCACUAACCAGCGCCCCCUUCAGACCUGUGCUGCUGCUUCAAUAGCUUUAAGAGGAAGGAAUCCCCAGUUGUCAGCAUUUGCCUACUACAUCAACAGUGUUCUACAGUAUGCAGGUGCCAAAAAAGCUGCAUAUCAAAAGCUCUGCAAGUUAGGAAUAUCAACCAGUCAUGACAAGGCUGUAAAGAAGCGACAUUUACUGACAGACCAAUGUGGGGAAGAAUUUCAGCUUGCAAAAGAAUUGCUGCUCGACCCCGAGCAGGUGACGACAGAGGAUGUUGCUGAAACACAAAUCGUCCUGUCAGAGGAAGCAACGCAGAGCAUUUCAGACACAGAAGAGAAAAGUUUUCCGGAAGAAAUCCAGGACUCAAAAGAACCAACCACUGAAAGCUUUUUUUUAAUCAGAAAAGUAGCAGAUUUACAGACUGCUCAGUAACUGGUAAUGACAUGGCUGAUUUGGCAUCAUCAGAACCAGCAUUACCAGAAGAAGGCCUAGUGGAUUUACAGCACACUAGCAGAUUUACAAGCUGCUCAGUAACUGGUAAUGACCUUGCUGAUUUGGAUGUCUGCAUCUUGCCAUCAUCAGCACCAGCAUUACCAGACAUCCAGCCAAUUCCCAGCUACUCAAUGAUGUUUGACAAUCUUGACUUCUUCAUUCACAAUCACCCCCAGUCCAGAAAACGAAGAACAAAAAAAUCAAAACGCUGGACUCACUGCACGGCUUUGGAAGAAUUAAUCCCCACCGACGACCUCAGCAGUGACACCAAACCAGCCCAAGCUCUCAUGAAGUAUGACUCUAGAAAAUAUUUUCCUGGUUGUGAAACUCGGAGGGAAUUUAUUGUGCUUGGAACCAAAAUCCUUUCCACCCAUCUUGACGCCUUCAAGUCUUUAGCCGACAUAGUGGUCCAUCACAUUCCACGUGCAUAUUCCAAGAAAAUGUCCAAGGCCUUAACCCAUUACCCGCUUGGGCUCCUUUUUUAAAAAUGAGAACAAGACUGAUGACCUGAUGGAUAUUCUUCAGCAUAUCCAGAGAAGGAAAAUCCUGAACGACCUUUCGUCUGAUGCGCCGGCCGUCCCUCGUAUCGAAGAGGAGAGAGCUGAGGAAGACUCGUCUGCUGCAGCUGCCACACCGGCAAUCACCACAGUCACUGUGCCCACACCCAUCUACCAGACCAGCAGCGGCCAAUACAUUGCAAUCACACAGGGUGGAGCCAUUCAGCUGGCUAAUAACGGUACAGAUGGAGUCCAGGGCCUUCAGACUCUGACCAUGACCAACGCAGCAGCAGCGGCCCAGCCUGGAGCCACCAUCCUCCAGUAUGCACAGACCAGCGACGGCCAGCAGAUACUGGUCCCCAGUAACCAGGUGGUGGUCCAAGCUGCCUCCGGUGACGUCCAGGCCUAUCAGAUCAGAGCAGCCCCCGCCAGCACCAUCGCCCCGGGGGUGGUCAUGGCUUCAUCCCCUGCUCUCCCCACAGGGGGCGCUACUGAGGAGGUCACCCGUAAACGAGAAGUCCGCCUCAUGAAGAACAGAGAGGCAGCCCGUGAAUGUCGCAGGAAGAAGAAGGAGUAUGUUAAGUGUCUUGAGAACCGAGUGGCCGUCCUGGAGAACCAAAACAAGACACUAAUUGAAGAACUGAAAGCUCUUAAAGACCUUUAUUGCCAUAAAUCUGAGUAGUUCCUGUGCUGAACACACACGAGCUUGGCCAAGUAGCAUUUCAGUUCUCUUCAAAUACUUUGACUGUUCGGUACUGCCUGUCCAGUUCCAGUUUGCACUCAGCUGGCUAAUCCUGUUCUGCUUAAACUACCUUCUCUUCAAUAGGCUGCCUAUAAUAAUAAUAAUCCAUUUAAAAUACAAUCGUUCCAAUUCACAAAUAGGACAUUUCUGUAACAGGCAAGCUCAGUCAGUUGCAGUUAAAGAAUUUGAAUGAAUUGUGAAUCUCUACUUGAUCCUCCAACGUUUCAAAAAUAUGGCCACUUGUCGAGCAGACUCUACAACUAAUUAGGCACAAACAAGUCGUUUUUUUUAAAGUGUUUUUAAAGAUGCUACCAACUGCCAGCCUUUUAGGAAGCGAAGCUGUGUCUGUCAGCAGACAGUUGAUUGUUUAAAAAAAGGACAAAUUACAGAGUGACAUCAAUUCACUCAUGUUGUCUCUCUGCUCCUUCACAACAAAAGGUUGUCAGAGAUCAGUGUUGGGCUCAAAAUGUUUUAUUUAUUACUCAUUACUCUUUUUAAAAGUAAUAUUACUUAUUACUCUGUGCCAACAGCAAUUCACCACAAUAAUCGUUAUAUUACUAUACAUUUAUUAUUAUUUAUAUUACGUAAUAUACAACGUUUUUUAGUUGGCUUUAAUGCUAAUUAAUCUAAAAAGAGUGCCACGGUUAAGAAAGCUAGCGAGUGAACAAUGAAACAAAACUUUAUGAUGCUGAUCACUUCAUUGGAGUCACAUAAUGGAGAUAAAGUACCACUAAACUCUCAGUAGAGAGUCUCUCUUUUGUGAGGAGGAAAACUUUUGUGAGGAGUUUUCAGUCUCCUUUUUUUUUUUUUUUUUAUCUCUGUACCUCUCCUUUAUUCAUGACAUCCAACUCAAACAUCAGAUUCACUCGACGUUUAAUAAUCAUUCGUCAUAAACUUGAAAAUGAAUUCCAAAUGCUGACUUAUAUUUUGAAUACAUCAUUGCUCUAAUUUGCCUCAUCUUUUGUCGCCCCAAAUGGGGCGUGAACACAAAUUUAGUAAAAUUACGGUAGAAACAAGUUAUGUGAUUUGGGAGUAAAUGUAAUAUUAUUACUAAAAUUGUAUAAGCAAUUUGUUGCACUUCUCAUUACUGAGGAAAGUAAUAUAACUGUUAGGCGGUACUGCCCAACGCUGCCGGAGAUGCUGUUAAAAUGAGAUUAUUAGCAGUUUUCAAGAAAGAUUAUUGUUUUGCCACCUGGGGUCACAUUUUCCUAGUUUUGGCCAACAUAUUUAUUAGUUAUGCAAACAUACUCACUAUUUUAUUGCCCAGUAGGGCAGCAACACAAGGGGCCAAUUUAUCUAAAACAAAUUGUUAUUACAGAACCUGGUUCCUUUACUGACAGCACUUAAUGGACAUUCAGGAGUGUUCAGGGUUUAAAUAAUUUAGGGUUUGUUUAUAAAUCUCAGCUCCUGUUGCUCGCUGUGUCCACAGAUAUAACAGAUGAUAGAUGUCUAAAAAGAUAAUAAAUAAUAUCCAAGUUGUACAAAAAAGUGCCCAUUUAUUGAGUAAUUCAAACACCAGAGACUUAAAUAUUUUCCAAACCCAGCUAGCACUCAUCCCAUUGUGCCACAGUAAACUGUCAGUUUGUCACCAGAAAUGGCCGCCAUUUUUAUUUUCUUUCUGUGACAUUUUAUUUUUCAGUAUUUUGACAAUGUUGUGUCUGUUUUGCAACGUCUGUUGAAUGGUGGUAACAUGGAUUGCGUCAAACAUAUCCAUUUUUUUUAUGUGUAGCAGAAAUCUACAGAAGAUGUAGGCUACAAUUACAUGAGUGUAACACUAAUAAUCCAUGAAACGUGCAUUGUGUUGAAAAGAGAUUUAUGGGAUUGUGUGUGGUUUUUGAGAAGAUAUAUGUAUGUAUUUGUCUGUUUAUUUUUUAUAUUACUGUACAUAGUCUCUACAGCAUGUGUAGACCUCCUGUAUUCUGUUUAUUUGAUAUGAAAAAUGUUCUUAUGGCUUGUAUGAAACCAACUUUGCAUAUUUGUAACAUGCAUCAGUGUAUAAUAGAAGACAAUGUAUGUGUAUUCAUGUAAUCUACCAGGCCUACCAAUGUCAUGGCAGCUAAGUGUAUGAGAAAAGGCCUUUGUUGGAGAUGUUAUAUUUUGGGGUGUUGUUUAGGGCAGCAGUGUUUGUUUGUAGAAAAAGAACAAGUCUCUUGAGAGCAGUCGGGGUCCACGACAUAUAUCAGUUUCAUAAUUAACUGUUUUGUGUAUUUGAAAACUGCACAGCAGAACUUUCGGUGGAAUCAUCCACACAUGGUUUUGUUCUUAACUGUAAAUAUUUCUGUGUUUUUUAAUCUCCACACUAAUGGCUCCAUUAGUACCCCUUUUUAUAUCUUCAAAUUCAUCAAAUGAAAGCACAAUUUAUCCUUCAACUGGAGCCCUUUUUAUGUUUCCGUUAUUGCACUUUGACUUCAUUUAUUUUACUGUGAAUCCCUUUAGAUUUUCAUUUCCGAUACAAGAUACGUGUAAGUUAAUCUUCAAAAAAAAAAAAAAAAUAAAUUAGGUGUUUGGGCAACGUAUUCUCACGAAGGAUUUUGAAUGAAUUCCUGCAAAAAAACGUGACAAAACAAACACGUGAAUGCUGUAAAUAACUUUUUUCAGACCAGUCUUCUGGUUGAAAGUGGUGGGGUUUAACCAAUCCACCACCUUUUCCACCCCAGCUGACUGGCAAACAAAUGGUUUAAAUUUCAAUGAAUAUCUACAAAUUCCAGUUUAUUUCUCUUCGUAGGGAAUAAUUCAAACCCUUCAUGAGGACAGCCUAAUUUAAGACAUAAGAUACACUCCUAAAACUCUUCAUAUUUCCUUCACCUCACUGUUGAUGUUUGAAACUAGGUAUAGUGUAGAAUUUUAAUCCUAGUGGCUUAAAAACAAGGUCUUUUUAAUAGCUUUUUCUAAAGCUUUCUAAUGCACCUCACAGUCUUUAUUAGCGGAUGGAUCUCACAAGUUGUGACAUUAAGUGACGUGGGAUAACCGCCAUGUUCUCAAACCUAGUAAGUGGACCUUAGAUUAACAUCAUUUUUACUACAAAGAUUCAAAACCUCAAAUCAUGAGCUUAAAGGAAAUUUUGAGCCACUCAUGCUCACUCAAACAAUUAGACUGCAUUCCUUAAAUGUAUGUUUAUUUCUUCGUUUUUUUUAUCACUUUAAAAGUGAAGUCAUCAGUUCAUUGUAGCUCAGUCAGCUUUAUUUUUCUAGUUUAAAACAUUUUGAUAUUGUACAGUAUGUAUUUGUAAUAUAUAGAGGAGUAAAGGGUUGAAUCAGCGGGGGGAAAAAAUCAGUACUUCAGAAGUCUUGAAGUAAAUCAUCUCGUAUUGACACACACAUGUAUUGCAGCUGUCACUACACUUUCGUUCUUACUUAUUGUAAAGAUGACUAGAGGAGAGGAAACCGUUAAUUUGAUAGAACUAAAUAAGGGGCAAGCAAGUAAUUGGUGCCAUGUUUUAAAAGAUGUGUGUUCGGCUGGGUAGCACUCAAAUACUCUUUAGUAACUGCCAUUAUAACACAUGAGUGACUGAGAUUAAACCUUUUGUGGGGUAUUCUGAAAAAAAAAAAGAUAAUUCACACAUCCAGUGCUGGUGCUGAACUAGUAAUAAUCUUGUUACUUGUUGAUUUGAUAUGGUGAGCUCCACUUUGUCAUGUACACAAUAUCUUUCCAACAAAACCAAAAGUGUUUUAAUUUUUGUGCCAGAAUAGUUUCUACCUGUGGGCCUCACUUGUGCAUGAAACAGAUUGAUAUCCAUGUGUGUAAAAGUAUAUAUAGAGAGAAUUUCUAGAACAGUAAUAACAUUUUUUCUAACUCUUAAUGUGAUCAGUUUAUAUAUUGCCACUUUUACAAGUUAUCGAUUUAAAAUGCCAUGUAUUGUAUAGUAUCUUGUAGAGACAAGGUCACCAAAUGAUGCAUUAUAUAUAAUAAGGUUUGUUUCAACAUUGUUGCAUUAUAAAACUAUACCAGCCCAUUAUUGGAAAGUGCUGUUACUCUGACAUUACAUCACUCUUUUGUAAGCACUUGCUAUGUCGCAAUAAACUGCUCUUGAAGAUU